AUGUUCAUCAAAGUUGUAUAUGGGUAUAAGCAAGGCACUCUUUUCAACAUCAACUGUCAAACUGGCCCACUUCUCGACGCUGUAAAGAAGCAGGCUUUCACAGACAUUACUUCCCUCAUUUCUUCAAAAAUCACUUCUUUUACACAAGAAGUCGAAAACACGUCCAAGAAAAUCGAGUCAAAACAAAAGAAGCUUUAUAAGCUCGAAAACCCUCCUCCUGAUGAAGAAGCAAAAACUCCAGCUGAUAAAGCAAUCCAAGGCCAAAAGUCAAUAAAGGAAGAAAACAAAUGUCCGCCAAGACAGGAAGAGUUUUUACUUAUGUCUGAAAAUACAAAAAUUGAAGAAGCAAAAGCAAAAGCUAAACCAGCAGCAAAAAAAGGGAAAAAAGAAGAGGUAAAAGAGCUGUCUCCUGAAGAAAUUAAGCAGCAGCAGUUGGAAGCACAAAAGGAAGAGCUGAGAGCUGGGAUUUCUGAGCUUUCCAGGAAAAGAGAUAUCAUGAAUGAAAAGCUUAAAAUGCUUAAUAUGUAUCAGGAAAAAUACCAAGGCCUGCCUGCUAAUAUUGAUUUUGUUGAUCCUGUAGGAGCUAGAAAAUUUUUAGGUUCAAGAAUUGAAGAUAAUGCAUCAACAAUAUUAAAUAAUCGAACGAUCUACCAGCUGAAUGUUAUUGAUGCUGAUAAUAAUGCAGCUCCAUAUGACAUUGAUGGUUUUUGUAUUAGAACUGUUGAAGAGGAUGCUACUUAUGUAGAAGAGCCAGAUCCCAAAACUAAAGGAAAACAAAAAGGUAAAAAGAAAUAA